AUGCGACCCGAGCCGCCUGUCGCCGAGCAGCCAGGGACCCGAGCCGCCCUGCAGCCGAGCCGCCCGGGAGCCGAGCCGCCCUGCACCCGAGCCGCCCUGCAGCCGAGCCGCCCGGGAGCCGAGCCGCCCUGCACCCGAGCCGCCCUGCCGUCGAGCCACCCGGGAGCCGAUCCGCUGUACACCCGAGCCGCCUGGUCGCCGUUCUGCUUUUCUGUCGAGCUGCGCGACCUGCCCUGCCUGGGUCGCGCCAUUGAUUUUGAGGUCUGGCUAGACGACCUGCAGCUGUUCUUACAGUGCGACAGGGCUGAUGACCUUUCUCUCUUUGACCUCACCUCUGGCGCCUCUCCUGCUCCUGCUGCUGAUGCUGAUCCCGCUGUCCGCUCUAAGUGGGCCACCCGCGAUGCUGCUGCACGUCUUGCUGUGCGUCGCCACCUCCCUACCUCUGAGCGUGCGCACUUUAGUCAGUACAAGAGUGCUCAGACCUUGUACGACGCUGUAGUUGCGCGCUACUCCUCCCCUGCCACUGCUGCACUGAGCCGUCUCAUGCUUCCCUACCUCUUUCCUGACCUCUCUGCCUUUCCCACUGUCGCUGACCUCAUUACGCACCUCCGCACUAGUGACACUCGCUACCGCGCCGCCCUUCCUGCUGAGUUCUGCGCUAGGAACCCCCCUCCCAUGUACAUCGCUCUCUACUACGUAGUCGCACGCCUCCCUGACUCCCUUCGCGUCGUCAGGGACCAUUUUCUCGCAGUCUGUCCCACCACUCUCACCGUCGACUUCCUCGAGAAGGCCCUCCUUGCAGCGGAGAAGAGCAUAGUCGCUGUAGGUGCUUCUCGUGGUGACCCUCGCACCCCCAUCUUUGAGGGGUGCUCUCCUUCCCCCUUGCUGCCCUCUGUUGCCUCUGCUGCUGCUGCCGACCUGCUUGGUCUUGAGUCGGUCGGCGCGGCGUCUGCCCCUAGUGGGAGACGUCGCUCCAGCAAGGGCAAGGGAGGCAAGGGCGCGGGUGGAGCUGGGGGGGGCGGUGGCGGUGGCGGCGGUGGCGGCGGAGGGAGUGGGGGUGGCGGCGGGACUAGUGGCGGGGGUGGUGGUGGUGGUGGUGGCAGCAGCGGCGGAGACGGUGGUGGUGGUGCCAGCGGUGGUGGUGGAGGCAGCGGCGGGGGUGGAGGCGGCGGAGGUGGAGGCAGUGGAGGCGGCAGCGGCGGAGGCAGUAGUGGUGGAGGAGGUGGAGCUGGUCGGGGUGGUACCCAGCAGCGUAGCGGCGGUGGUGGUGGCCAGCGCUCGCACCGGCAGCAGCAGCAGCGCUCACGGGACAUCCCUUCGCCUCAGCAGCUUCGUGAGUGGUACGCUGGGCGUCAGAGGGGUGGGGGUACUGGUCCCUGCACCUACGUUCUUCGUUCCGGCGACCGCGCGGGUGAGCAGUGUGGGGGUGCCCACGCCACCCAGCGCUGCUUUGGCCGCCUGACGGACGCUUGGCGUCAGCAGUUCCCUGGGGCUAGUGAGAUCCCUCGCUGGGAUGAGCUUCUCAGGGCUGGUGUAGCGAUCUUUGAUCUUGAUUUUGAUGCUAUCCUUACUGCUAUGUAUGUUGUGGAUUAUAGUGAGGAGAAUGAGGGUUACCGGUGUUUCCAGCCCGACCCGGGCAUUGGUACUGCUGCGCUAGGUACUUGUGAGGCUGCUGCUCUAGGUGCCAGUGCGUCUGCGCUCUCAGGUACUGGUGAGAGUGCGUUCUCAGGUACUGAGUCGUCCUCGUCCUCCCUCACUUUCACACUUGACUCCGGAGCUUCUCGCUCCUUCUUUCGAGACCGCACUACCCUUUCGCCGCUCGCCAGGCCGGUUGCGGUCUCCCUUGCUGACCCCUCUGGGGGUCCUGUCCUGUCUCACUUCUCCACUGUCCUCCCGUGUCCGGCUGCCCCUUCGGGCACCCUGUCGGGUCUGUACCUUCCCUCGUUCUCUACGAACUUGGUGAGUGGAGCGGACCUGCAGGAUGGGGGUGUUCACCAGUUCACUCCUGCGCGUCAGCGGGUGACCCAAUGCACGGAGGCUCGCACAGGCCGACACCUGGCCACGUUCUCGCGUCGGCCGGGGUCGAGUCUCUACACCCUGACCGUUGAGUCUCCUCCUGUCCCUGCGUCUGGUCAGGUAGUUGCGUCGGGUCAGGUACUUGCUGCUGCGUCCCGGUCAGGUCCUGAGUCUGCCCCCUGUUCUUGUCGCCUCCUAUCUCACGAGACUCUCCUGUGGCACCACCGUCUUGGCCACCCCUCCUUGCCCCGUCUUCGGAGCAUGGCUUCCCGUGUCCUUGUCUCUGGUCUUCCCCAGUCUCUCCCUCCUCUCCCCUCCGGGCCAGGACCUUCCUGUGUCCCCUGUGUCGAGGGUCGCCUCCGGGCUACUCCUCACUCCUCCCACUUCCCCCCGACAGAGGCUCCCCUGCAGACGCUUCACAUGGAUGUGUGGGGCCCAGCCCCCGUCCGUGGGCAGGGUUACGAGCGAUACUUCCUGUUGGUGGUUGACGACUACUCGCGUUACACCACAGUCCUCCCCUUGCGCAGCAAGGGUGCGGUCACUGAGGUGCUGAUCGACUGGAUCCGCGAGGCUCGUCUCCAGCUCAGGAAGAGCUUCGGCUCGGACUUUCCUGUUCUGCGUCUGCACUCUGACAGAGGCGGAGAGUUCUCUUCUCGCCUUCUGCGAGACUACUGUCGUGCACGGGGGAUCCGCCAGACCUUCACGCUUUCGGACUCACCACAGCAAAAUGGGAUUGCUGAGCGCCGCAUUGGCAUGGUCAUGGAUGUCGCUCGUACGUCCAUGAUGCAUGCGGCUGCCCCCCAUUUUCUGUGGCCGUUUGCGGUGAGGUACGCGGCGCAUCAGCUCAACCUUCACCCCCGGGUCUCUCGGCCUGCGAUGUCCCCAGCCUUGCUGUGGACGGGGGAGGUUGGCGAUGCGUCUGUGUUCCGUGUCUGGGGAUCUCGGGCGUUUGUCCGCGACUUGUCUGCGGACAAGCUGUCCCCUCGUGCUGCUCCCUGUGUCUUCCUUGGCUUCCCCACUGACGCCCCAGGGUGGCAGUUUUACCACCCCUCCUCUCGUCGUGUUCUGUCCUCCCAGGACGUCACGUUCGACGAGUCAGUCCCCUUCUACCGUCUCUUCCCCUACCGCACUCCUUCCCUCCCCCCUCCCCCGGACUUCCUUGUGCCGGUUCCCCCCCCGGUAGACCCCCUCCCCCCUCAGGUUCCUGCCCCCUCAGGUGUGUCCCAGGUAGACGCCGUUGACCCGGUCGAGGUUACUGCUGGAGCUGCUGAGGGCGUUCUUGCUGAGCUUGCUGCUGUUGGUCCUGCCGCUGGAGGUGUGGGUGGCGCUGGUGCUGUCGCUGAGGGUGCUGGUGCUGUCCCUGCUGAGACUGGAGCUGCCGCGCGGCCUCGGCCGUACUUCGUUCCGCUCCUUCAGCAGGUUCUUGGUCUUUCUCCUCCAGUAGAGGGUCCACCGCCUGUCCAGUCGCAGUCCCUACUGGAGCCUUCCUCUCCUCUGCCUGCUCCCUCUCCUUACACUGGUCCUACUGGAGGUCUUGCUGAGCGUCGUGAGCCUGCGUCUCGCCCCGCGUCGCCUGUUCGUGCUGCUCGCGCUAGUGGUCGCAGUUCGCGUCAGCGUCCUCCUCCUGUCCCUGGCACGCACCGGAUGUCUCUGCGUCCGUCCACUGCUCCUCUGCGUGCCCCUUUGCCUUCUCCUCCUGAGUCCUCUCUUCCUGCGCUUGCCGACCCUGAGUCGGACUCUCUUCGCGCUGCGAGUCCUACUGUCACGCGUCUGCUUGCUACUGUCGUCACUGACCCCUCUUUUGAGUCCACUGCUGCGUCUGCUCUCGACUACGCUGCUAGUCUUGUUGCUGAGCCUGCGUCUGUCUGUCCUCCGUCCGUCGGGGGUGAGUGUGCUCUUGGCACGGACGUCCUAGAGGACAGGCAGGAGGAGUUACAGUGUCUAGCGGCUGCUUCACCUCAUCUCGCGUCUGUACUGCUUGCCCCUGAGGGAGAUCCGGAUGCACUAGACAUCCCGACUCCGCGUUCUUACGCGGAGGCCGUAGAGGGCCCCUACUCCUCUCAUUGGCAGGCAGCCAUGGAUGCAGAGAUGGCUUCCUGGAAGUCCACAGGCACCUACGUUGACGCGGUUCCCCCUCCUGGGGCGAACAUAGUCAGUGGCAUGUGGAUCUUCAGGGUGAAGCGGCCGCCGGGCUCUCCACCUGUCUUCAAGGCACGGUACGUUGCUCGUGGCUUCAGUCAGCGGCAGGGAGUUGACUACUUUCAGACCUUCUCUCCCACCCCGAAGAUGACUACUCUUCGGGUGCUGCUGCACAUAGCCGCUCAGCGCGACUACGAGCUUCACUCUCUCGACUUCAGCACUGCGUUCUUGCAGGGUAGCCUGCACGAGGAGAUCUGGCUUCGCCGUCCACCUGGCUUCACUGGGACUUUCCCUCCUAGCACCCAGUGGAGCCUCAGACGGCCAGUCUACGGUCUCCGCCAGGCACCGCGUGAGUGGCACGACACACUGAGGACUACGCUUGCGGCUCUUGGGUUUGCUCCUUCUACUGCUGACCCGUCGCUGUUUCUUCGCACCGACACUUCCCUGCCGCCGUUCUACAUCCUCGUGUACGUCGACGACUUGGUCUUUGCCACAGCGGACACUGCUGGACUCGCCUACGUGAAGUCCGAGCUGCUGAAGAGACACACGUGCACAGACGUGGGUGAACUGCGCAGCUACCUUGGCUUGCAGAUCACUCGGGACAGAGCACGCCGCACCAUUACCUUGACUCAGUCACACAUGGUGCAGCAGGUCCUUCAGCGCUUCGGCUUCACGUACUCCUCGCCUCAGGCCACUCCUCUGCCUACUUGCCACUCACUCUCAGCUCUGCCUUCGGAUGAGUCCGUAGAGUCGAGUGGUCUGUAUGCAGAGCUUGUUGGCUGCCUCAUGUACCUGAUGACCUGCACACGACCUGACCUUGCAUACCCUCUGAGCAUUCUUGCACGCUAUGUUGCUCCUGGGAGACACAGACCGGAGCAAAUGGCUGCAGCGAAGAGGGUAUUGCGCUACCUGUGCAGUACGUCAGGCAUGGGGCUAGUGCUUGGAGGGCGGAGUCCAGUGGUCCUUACCGGCCACGCGGACGCUUCUUGGGCUGACGACCAGGCUACGCAGCGGUCGUCACAGGGUUACACCUUCAGCCUUGGUUCCGGCUCUGUCUCGUGGCGGUCUACUCGCUCGUCUUCGGUUCUCGGCUCCAGUUGUGAGGCUGAGAUCUACGCCGGGGCCAUGGCUGCACAGGAGCUUCGCUGGCUCACCUACCUGCUGACUGACCUUGGAGAGCCGCCUCGUUCUCCUCCAGUGCUGUACGUAGACAACAAGGCUAUGCUGGCCUUGUGUCGAGAGCAGCGCUUGGAGCACAGAACGAAGCACAUUGCUCUCCGCUACUUCCUUGCUCGUGAGUUGCAGCAGCGUGGUCAGUUGCGACUUGCGUACGUGGCCUCUGAGGCCAACACUGCUGAUGUGUUCACCAAGGCACUCGCGCCUUGUGACCAUCAGCGCUUUUGCACCCAGCUGGGUCUUGUGCCUGUCUUGCCUCACUUGCUCUCCUCUUGA